AUGGAAGACUGGAGAAGAAUUGACAUUGAUGCAUUUGAUCCGGAGGCUAGAUUGAGACCUGAAGAUUUGGUUCCAAACUAUGGCACGACCAUAACUUUAUCAGAAUUACAACCCAAAAUCUCACAAUUACGUUCUUUAGCUUCUAGUGGUGACAUGAGUUCUGCUAUCCAAUUAGCUACCUCCGAACCUCCUUAUAGUGCUGAUGAGCAAACAAAGCAUCAGUAUUUCCUAGCUGUGCUGGAGGCGCUAGCUCAAACUAGACAAACUGACAUGGCUAAAGUGGUCAAGUCUUUAGAUAGAGCCCAAAAGGACGUUUUGGUGAAAUAUAUAUAUAAAGGUAUGUCGUUACCAGAAGGAAAAAAACAAGGUGGUAUACUGUUGGCUUGGUUUGAAAAUUUAACCCAAGACUCAGGCGUUAAUCCAAUUGUACAUUACAUUUCCGACAGAAGAACUGUUUAA